CAAUAUUUAUUUACGUUCUUCGUUAAUUAAUAGCAAAUAUCCCUUUAAUAUGCUAAAAGAAACAACAUUGCCAGGUGCGUGAUUUGGUCGCUUUGGCGCGCUAUAAUCAGCUGAGCGCUUUCCGCCUCUAUCAUGCCCAUUUGCUUACUCUUUCUGCAGCACGUCGAAAGUAUCGCAAGUCGCGUUUUCCACACACGAAUUUUUUAAGGCAAAAUUUGUGCAAAGAUUUCAUUAAGUUAGCGUUAAGUGAUUAGUUUAAAAAUAUUGAUUUUGUAAAAUUUAGAAUUUUGUGAAUUUUUUACAAGUAAGCUGAUAAAAAUCGGGGCCGGGUAAGUGGGUUAAAAUUGGCUGGAAAAAAUCGUAUUUUUCGGUGUGUGGUGUGUGUGCGGGUAGAAAAAAAAAACGCGCUGCUGUGGUGGGGAAUUCGAAUUGCCGCUGCUGCUGCUCUCGCCAUUUUGAGUCGAAGAAUAAAAUUUUUCUGCCUCCAAUACGACAAAAAGGCAUAGACCGAAAAGGAGAUUCGUUUCUGAAAAUAGCAGCCUACAUAUUGCGGUCUUCCAAUAGUUGGAUACAUUUGAAUAAGUGGAAAGCGCCAAAAAGGUGAGUUUGAGGCGGGAAUAUAUCGAUAAUAAACAAUAAGCGUUCAAAAGAAUUUAAAGCCAGUAAAGAAACUCAGACUAACAGUCAGUAAACGAUUGGAGACGGCAAUAAUAUCCUUUGAGCAUUGGGGCGUGAUUACACGCAAUUCUUAUAGUCUGUAGUCUUGGCUUUUUACGGUGCGUAGGUGUCUGGACGGUGGAGUAGAAAUUGAACUGAUAAAAAAGCAAAAGACGAAGGAAAGACAACGAUAAAACGAAACGAAAAUGGCGCAUUCAACAGCGACUAUAGUCACAGCAACAACUUCAGCCGCUGCCGCAUCGGCGACAAGUGAAAUCAACUGCAUAAUCCAGGAUGUAAAUGGCAAACUUGUGAAGAUACUGAGUCCAAAGGAUAUAAAGCAGGAAACACUCGGUAACGCAAGUAGCAGUUCCCGUAACUCUAGUGCGGGCUCAUACACACAGUUGGCUACUUCAAGUCAACAACAGUAUUUGAGCCGAUAUAAUUUACAAAGUGGCGAUAGCAACAACACAUAUACCGUUAUAUCAACUCAAAGCAGUGCCGGCAAACACCAACCGACAUUCACAGCGAUUAAAUACGAAACUCCUGACACGGUCACCAUCAAAACCGAGGAGCGUUAUACAAAAUACACACCAAAUACUAAUAUAAAAAUGAAAUCAAAACUCCACAGCACUAGCAGCCCACAUUCGAAUACGGCACGAAGGCAACGCAAGCCUGAAAAGGCAGGUAAAGGGUUGCGACAUUUUGCUCUUAAGGUUUGUGAAAAGGUCAAGGAGAAGGGUGUCACCACAUAUAAUGAAGUGGCCGAUGAAUUGGUUGCCGAGGAACUACAUAUGAAUUCCAUAGAUUCAGCAAACUGUGAUCAAAAGAAUAUACGUCGGCGUGUUUAUGAUGCGCUCAACGUUCUUAUGGCCAUGGAAAUAAUAUCAAAAGACAAAAAGGAGAUACGUUGGAUAGGCUUGCCAUCAAACUCAGCUGAGCAAUGCUCUGAGCUGGAAAGACAAAACGAAGAGUGUCGCCAACGCAUACAACAGAAACAUCAACAAUUAAAUGAGCUGUUGCUGCACCAAGUCGCUUUCAAAAGUUUAAUCGAACGCAAUAAGGAGGCGGAACGACAAGGCAACGUACCAACACCCAAUUCAUCCAUACAGCUACCCUUUAUUAUAGUUAAUACGCACAAAUCAACAAAAAUCAAUUGCAGCGUUACGAAUGACAAAUCCGAGUAUAUUUUCAAAUUUGAUGAUCAAUUUGAGAUGCACGAUGACGCCCAGGUACUGAAACGUAUGGGUUUACUUGGUGGUUUAGACAAGGGCGAGUGCUCACACGAGGACAUCGAACGAGCAAAGACUUUGGUGCCACCGAAUUUCGAGAAAUACAUAGAAGCCUAUGGCAAUGGCAAAGGUUUGGCAUGUGAUUCGGAUGACGACACCAUGACCGGCUAUGCUGAACUUACGAAUGAUUCAUCAUCGCAUGGCUAUGCUCGCGGCAAUGGUCGUGGUUGUGCUAAAGCUGGUGAUGAUGAUGAUGACGAUGAAGAUUUUAAUAGCGAUAUUGAUUGAGGCGAAUUCAUGGUUGCGUACAAUAACAGCAACAAUACAUGCAACUACAAAAUAAACAGCUGCAACAGCAACAAUAACAAUAAUCUAUGUUUAUAUAACAAAACCACAACAAAUGAAGGAUUUUCUGUCGGCGGUGCAGGUGCCACAAUUUCCGAAAUGGACCAACAAACAUUACCACCACCCAGCCGCUUAACUACUACAUCCAAUGGUGUAAGCACAACGAUCACCGAUGCCAGCAGUAAUACAACAGAAGAUUCCUUCAGUUUCUCUUUUAUUUCGGCCUUAUUAGGUUUGCAUUAGAACGGGCGCAAUUUGUCGAAAGUGUAAUCAGAUUCUAUACACCAAAAUUUAUUUAGCUGUUAAUUUGUUAAUUAAUGCGCGCGCGCACUUAUGUCGUGGUGAGCGGGUCGCUGCACUUUGAGCGAUGGCGCAGUGGCUGUAUAUUACGACUAACGUAGCUUGAAUGUAUUUGUAUGUUGCCGUACUCUGCAAAGGAAAGUAAGGCUAGGCUGGCUCUGGAGCUAGACUUUUGCUUUACAUUUUUACUAUUAAAUUUUCUCCUCUGUCGAGAAUUUGUUAGGCUUAAUUUAGUUUUUUUGUUUUUGCAUUUCGAUUUGCAAAUUUGUAUUGAAUUUUUAAUGUGCAUAAGACUUUUUCAGAAAAGGGGUGUGAUUUAAAAUGUGAUGAUUUGUGAAAGUUAUGCAUGAAUUCGAUUAUAUAAAUAUAAAAAAUUAUAUUCAAAAUGUUUAGUAAAAUAGCAAAUUAAAUAUUUUAGCGCUGAUACAACAAAAAAAUUUUUUUUUUUCAUUUAGUUCUUUUUCAACAGCUUGAGUUUUUAUUUUAUGCUAUCUUUUCUGAUUUAGCGCGAGGGUUUUUGAAAUACUUGCCAAAUUUUUGAAGUAUCAUCAAACAAUAAAAAUGUUCUGUAAGAUCGGUACAGACACCGUUUUAUAUACGCUCAAACGUUGUCAACAGCAUUCACCAAAAUGAUUUUUGUUGACAAUACAAAAUACUAAAAUUUCUAAAAUAAUUAAACUAUAAUUAAUGUUCUUUUUCAAUUAUGUAGAAUUAAAAUAUUUUUUAAUGUUUACUAUAUGUUGAAGCAUAAUUUUAGGGGCAUAAAUAAAAGAUACAUUUUUUGUUUUUGUUUUUUUGCAGUAAUUGUUAAAUUUGGUAUAAUAAAUUAAAUUGUUUGCUACAUUUGCUAGAAUGCUGCUGAAAUCCAAUACUAGGUGGUACAGAAGUCAAAUACUAAAAUAAUAUUAAAUGAUGUCGGCAAUUCUUUAAAAUUAUAUUUUAACUAUUAUAAUUUUAAAACUUAAUUAAUACAUUGUUAUUUUGUCGGAUAGUGAUUUGCUUAUUUCUU